CAGCGUAGGAGGAGCUUUUUAUACUCUAUCACUAUCACUAUCAGUAUCACUAUCACUAUCAGUUUUAGAACUCUGACGCUUGUUAUCGAUAAUUUUUGUGUGAUUUUGAGUGCCCAUUGGUGCUUUUUGGCGAUUUUUGAGUUAUAUCGGUAAAUAGGUACACUGACUGCUGCAAUACUAGCACUUGUGCUAGCAUCAUGAUCAUUUAAUUUAUGUUACAGAGCAAUGGCUGAGUGCAUUGCCAUUGAAAGCACGUCCAUGUCUGCUAGGGCAUUUUUUGAAGUGGAAAAAAGGCCACAAAAUCUGGAAUCUAGUUGCUUGAAAUUGCAAGAAUUCAGCCAGCUUCAAAAAGAGGAAGGCCGUAAACUUGUUGUCAUUACGUCUGGUGGUACGACAGUGCCUUUGGAGCAUCGGGCUGUACGCUUCAUUGAUAACUUCAGCACUGGAUCAAGAGGGGCAGCAUCAGCAGAGUAUUUUUUGGAGGCAGGUUAUGCUGUGAUAUUUUUGCAUAGGAAGGAAGCAUUGCUUCCAUUCUAUCGUCAUUUCAACUGCUCACAGUUCUUAGAACACCUCGCUGUCAACGAUGAAAGGUCGCACGUCUCAGUGAAGGACGAUGUAGUUCCGAAGCUAUUGUCGGUGCUUCUGCGAUAUCAGGAUGUCAGCAACCAGAAGAGAUUCCUGAUGUUGGAGUUUACGACAGUCACUGAUUACCUGUUUCUGCUGAGAGCCGCAGCCGAAGCUGUGCACGUGAUCGGUAGAAAUGCUAUGCUGUAUCUGGCUUCAGCAGUGUCAGACUUCUACAUUCCAUCCACCGAGUUGCCGGAGCACAAAAUCCAGUCGUCGGGUAAACCUCUCACCGUAACCCUCCAGGCAGUCCCUAAGAUGUUCGGCUUGCUGGUGCAAGACUGGGCACCCGAUGCCUUCAUUGUAUCAUUCAAGCUGGAAACCAACAAAGAGCUGUUGCUGCAGAAGUCAGAGGGUGCUCUUGAUAAAUAUCAGCAUAAUGUUGUAGUCGGGAACGUCUUGGAGACAAGGAAACGACAAGUCAUUAUUGUAACAAGUGGUGAAGUUGAAGGAGUGGCAAUCAGUAAGGAAGAGUUACAUCAAGGUGUAGAGAUAGAGCUCAAGCUUGUCGAUAAUCUUGCUAAGAAACAUAGCAGAUAUUGCAGAGAAACAAAGGAGUAAACUAAUCAUUAGGCGUACACAGGUACAUAUCUUUCUAUAUAUUUUUAUUCUGAUUAGAUAUGUAACUCAUAUACAGGGGGAUUGCCCUUUGUUUAAGCCGUGGUACCUUUAUUGUAUUUAAUGAGUUUGUUGUGAUAUUGUGUGUAAAAGUGUUGCUAAUGUCAAUGUGUAUUUCCAUGUGUGUGUGUAUUUGGUAUAGCGCAAGUCAUCACACCAUCUGCUCUUAAUAUACACAAAUAUGUAAAACUUGUCAUUAAAAACAUCAGAGAAAAUCUAUUGCUGACCACCUAAAUUUGGCUGAGAGGGUCUAUGUCUCCCUGGGUACUGCCAGAACGUACCCUGGGUACGAUCCGGUAUACCGGAACGUACC